CUUAUUCAAAUACCCAGUUCGCUGCAGCGCCAGAUUUUGUUAAGUAUGGGGAAUAAAGUAGCUACUUUUACCGAAGAACAACUCGAGGAUUAUCAAGAUUGUACUUUUUUUACCCGCAAAGAAAUAUUGAGGAUUCAUAAAAGGUUUCGUGACAUGGGUGACCCAGGAACUGUACCACGAGUGAUGUCAGCCCAAGACGCAGCAAACUUACGUCUGCCCUUAUCGUGCGUUACGCGUCUCCCGGAACUGAAGGAAAAUCCCUUUAUGGAACGGAUUGCCGAAGUUUUCACAAAGUGUCGAGAUCCUGGAUGGAGUUUGGACGAAGGUAUAUGCUUCGAGGAAUUCUUGGAGAUGAUGUCCGUAUUUUCAGAACACGCGUCACGUGAUUUGAAAGUGUUCUACGCGUUUAAAAUUUAUGAUUUUGACGAAGACGGAAUGCUGGGACUCGGUGACUUAGAACGCACUUGUCGACAAUUAGUCAGAGGAGCUCUCAGUGCUGAGGAAGUAGCCACAAUCUGUCGCAAGGUAUUGGAGGAAAGUGACAUCGAUGGAGACGGGUCUCUAUCUUAUCUAGAAUUCGAACACGUCAUCACAAGGGCCCCAGAUUUUUUGGCUACGUUUCACAUUCGAAUUUAAUAUAGAUAACAAAUUCCCAAAAAGAAUAAUAGAAAAUUUAGAGCGGAAACAAGUGUGAAAA